GUCAGCUGCGGGAACGGGGACGGGGGUGGCGGCAGGCAUGGGCAUGGGCAUCGGAGUGGACAACAGCACCAGCAACAACAACAGCAACGUCUUGUACCACCCUCCGCACCAUCACGUAGUGGGAUCAUCAGCAGCGGCGGCGGGAAUGGGCCCAACUGUCCCACAGAUUCCAAACCGGACGCCGGGAGUCCUCUGCUGUCCAUCUCUGAGGUGA